UCCUUGUCUUCUCUCCUUCCUGUCUGUGUGUGUGUGUGCGAACCGCCACACAUGGCUGUACUGCCCAUAUUUGAUCAAUUUAAACUUACUUCCUGUAUUUUGGAACGUGCCUGUGCGCAUGCGUCUUUGUGUGGGUCGUCUCCUUGCUACUCCGCAAAACUCCAACUUUACAAAGUAGCAGAAAAUAUGGAGGACUCUUCACUCAUGUUUGGACUUCUGGAUGAUCUGUCUGAAUUAGAGCUAAAAAGGUUCAAGGCCCACCUGAGCGAAGACACCCUGAAGGGCUUUGCACGUAUCCCCCGGGGGAAGCUAGAGAAGGCAGACGUGACUGACACAGUGGGUCUGAUGAAGAAUUGCUAUGGGAGAGGUUGUAUGGAGAUGACACAGCACAUCCUGAAGACUAUGGGGCGUCGGGAUCCCACAGAACAGUUUGAGCAGAAUUCUCAAGAUUCCUCUACUGGUUCCACCAAUCAGACAGUGAGUGGAGCAGGGACUGGUCUGACUCGGGACGUACACACUCUGGGAUUGGAAAGUACUGAAGAAGUCAACAGACUGCCCUCGGUUGCCACACCCUCUGCACCCAUGGCCUCCACCACACCCACAAACCGGAGAAAUUGGAUUCCAUGUAGCAAAAGAUGGCGGAAGGAACUGGAAGAGCUUGCAAACAUGGAAGAGAGUAAGGUUAUGAGAGUGGGGGGCCUGACAUUUGUCUUUGAUGAGGAGAGAUUUCAGAUCGCCCUGUCAGGACAGACUGAAGUGCUCUUGGGACUUCGGGAUGAUGGCACAGAAGUGGCCAUAAAGAAAAUGCUCAAACCCAACUUCAAGAAGCUCAAACAGGAGCUGGAGGUUUUACGGAAACACAGGUUUAACAGUCUUCAUGUUGUGCAGUACCUGGACUUCACAUCUGACAGCUACUGUGGCCACAUUGCCAUACAGCUGUGUGAGUUCAACCUGGAAGAAUACAUACAAAAACAAAAGCAACCAGAAGAUUCAGAGAGGAAAAGAAUAGCAAGGGAGUUCCUUGAGGGUCUGAAAGACCUUCAUGAGAAAAGCAUGAUCCAUCGGGACAUCAAGCCUCGUAAUGUUUUCAUCGAUAUUGAGGGGCGGGUGAGGUUAGCUGAUUUUGGGAUAAGUCGUAUCCUAGAUCCGGGCCAGACUACACAGGUGACAGACAGAGCUGGAACAAAGUACUGGGAGGCUACAGAAAUAAUCAAACCAGGCCAACCAGGAGACCAGAGGAGGUACAAGCGGAGCACCGAUAUACAGGUGGCUGGUAUGCUGGUCUACUACAUCCUCUCUGGUGGAAGACAUCCCUUUGAAGAUGACCUCAACUGUCAAGCCAAAAUUUCAAAAGGGGAUUAUAACCUUAAGCACCUUAAAGAUGUGGAAGCCAAGGAUUUGGUUGAGAGCAUGAUCAACGACGAUCCAGAAAAGAGACCACGCAUAACUGAAGUUCUCAAGCAUCCCUACUUCUGGGAGGAGGACAGGAAAGAGAUGUUCCUGGGAGCGUUGGGGAAUGUCAGGGAGGUAGAAAAAUACAAGGACUUUAGUAAUGAUGAGAACCUGGCUGAAAAAAAACAAGGGGAAAAAAAACAAGGGGAAAAAGAAGAAAAAAGCUUUUCCACAUGGAAAACUCAGGUGAGUACACACGCACACGCACACGCACAGACAGACACAUACACACACAGGUUUGCCUUUAUUCAUCUGGUAGAUGUUCUAAUGUACUAA